CUGUAAAAUGGAAGGCCGAUUCCAAGAUACAUUCCUUGAUUCUCUUUGUUAUGUUAGUGAACAUGUUGGUUUUUAUGGAGCCAUCAAACAUUCUCCAGCUGACUUUGUUGUCACAGAGAUUCAUGUCACUGGUCAUCUAGUUACAGUGGAUCACACUCAAGAACCUGAAGACAAACUGACAGAUAAUGAUAAUGAACCUCAGUAUAAAAAACAGAAGGCUGACCUAGAAGAUGUUGAAGGUAAAACCAUACCAGGACAGGCUGAAUGUAAAGGUGAAUAUGAACCAGUGAGGGAGAAUGUGGAUGAUGCCUCUGAGGCCCUUGCUGCUUCGGACUGUGAAGCAGGAUUAUACAAUUUACUUAAUCUUGUGCUGAGUAUAGAUGUGCAAAAAGCUUUACUCAACUUUGCCAACUCAGUAAAAUCUGCUUUUGAAUCCCAAGUGGAAAGAUGUGAGUUAUGUGAACUAUCCUUGGGCUUCUUUUCCAAUAAAGAUGACAGAGCCAUCGUUCACAGUGCUGUGCGACAGACAUUCCCAGUCCUGGUAACAUUCACCAAAAACUCAGAGCUCCUAGUUAAACCAAACCUGGAUUACCAAGAGCUUUCCCGGCUCACGUCCGAAGAGGAAGCAGGCAAAUUCUUUACAUUUUUAGAUGCAAAAGUCCAAAACUCUACAUUUACAUUUCAACCAGAUGUGAGUAAAGAACACAGGACAUCUGUGCAUCAUUUCAUCAGCAGGAAAUUCGGGAAGCUAGUAGAAACCAAAUCUUUUUCCGAGAAAGGUAUUGAUGGAGUGCAGAGAGUCUCCAUAACUGUGAGGUUCAGAGAGAAAAAGAGCUCCUCCGGGAAGAGGCAGAGAACAGAAGAACAGUCUGAAAUAUUUACAGCAUUUACCCUAGAGAAGGAGAACCUGGAAACACUAGAGGCUAUCAGCUACCUGUCAUCUGUGCUUGGUGUGCUCCCAUCAGACUUCAGUUAUGCUGGAAUUAAAGAUAAGAAAGCCAUUACUUAUCAGUCUAUGGUUGUCAAGAAAGUGACUCCAGAGAGAAUGCAGAAAAUUGAAAGCUCCCUUGGAAAAAGAGGUAUAAAAAUACAAAAUGUACGUCCUGCAAAGUGUCAUAUACAUCUUGGACAGCUUUCUGGUAACCAUUUCACACUAAUUGUGAGAAAUAUUAGAAAUCACAGUGGUGACCCUUCGGAGAAUUUGCAUCACAGAAUUGAAGAAGCAGUGCACAGUGUCAAGGAAAGAGGAUUUCUAAACUAUUAUGGACCUCAAAGAUUUGGAAAAGGGCAGAACAUGCAAUCACAGGAAGUUGGAUUAACUUUGCUAAAAGAAGAAAUGGCACUUGCAGUAAAAUUAUUCUUCACACCAGAAGACUGUGAUGAUCCAGUAAACAAAGCAAAAAGAUACUUUUUUGAGUCAGGGGAUGCUAAAGGUGCUCUUGCAUUGAUGCCCGAAUUUAAAGUACGAGAAAGGAUGAUGCUCCGGGCUUUAAAUAGAUACGGAAUGAGUGACGAGGGAUAUGUACGAAGUUGGCUCAGUAUUCCACAUUCAAUGCGCAUCUUCUACAUCCAUGCCUAUUGCAGCAAAAUCUGGAACGAAGCCGCAUCUUACCGAAUUGCAACUUAUGGUUUGAGGGUUGUGGAAGGAGACUUGGUAUUAUGCUGUAAGGAUGAGAAUACAAAAUCUUCACUAUGUGAUAGAGUUCAUACUGUCACAGCCACAGAAGAGGCAGAAAAUGUAUAUUUAAUGAACCAGGUAGUUCUUCCAAUGCCAGGUCACAGUAUUAAGUAUCCUUCAAAUCAGGUUGGUCAUUGGUAUAAGGAGGCUCUAGCCAAAGCUGGUCUGCAGCUUUGUAAAUUUCGAGUUGGCCCACUGCAGCUGAAUAUCCCAGGGUGCUACAGGCAUAUAUUGAAAUACCCACGCAACUUGUCUUAUGAACUUUUUGAAGAAGAUGAUGUCCAAAAUCAAGACAAGGAAAAAUGGACAAAACCUGAGAUUGUACAACCAGCAAAUCCAUUAUUAAAGCUGUCCUUCGAAUUAGAUUCAUCCUGCUAUGCUACUGUUUGUCUUAGAGAGAUGAUGAAAUGUAACUUUUGAUUCUCUUAGGGGAGGUUGUGCUAUUGCAUAUUAUGUAUAUAGAAAAUAAAGUAUUAUGAAAAUGUAAUUGUGAAAGCUGAAUUCCAGGCAAACUAAUAAAUGAAGGCACAAUGAAAAAUGCU